UGGAGGGGAGGGGUCUCUAUCCUCAUUCCAGGAAGAGAAGCGGACUUGGAGAAGAGGGGAAAGAGACCUGCUCCCUGCAUUGAAGUGCAUCGUGGGAACAGCUGAGAGAGUCCCAGAAGUGGCCCAGUUUACGCCGCCUCCUCCUCCUCCUCCUCCGUCCUUUCCACUGGCAGCGCAAUGGCCUCUGAGACCCCCUCUGAACGGCCUCUUCUCAGAGGUGGAGUGGAAAGAGGAGCCAGGCAGCUUCCUCAGGCCCUCUUGACCUUUGAGGAGGUGGCUGUGUUUUUCACGGAGGAGGAGUGGGCUCUGCUGGAUCCAGGCCAAAGAGCUCUGCACAAGGAAGUCAUGGAGGAGAAUUAUGAGAUGGUGGCCUCUCUAGGAGAGACUCAGAUACCCAAGUCCGAGCUCUUGUCCGAGCUCGAGACAGAAAAAUACAGAGAUGUUGUCCUGGACAAAUGGAGAGCAGACGAUGGAGAAGGGAGACAGAAUUCUGAAGGACCAUCUGUGAAGUGCUUCAGUGUGAGUGAGCAUCUUAUCACAAAUCUACAAACUCACACAGGGAAGAAACCCUUUACAUGUAUGGAGUGUGGAAAGAGCUUCAGUCGGAAUGGAAUUCUUACUGUACAUCAACGAAUUCACACAGGGGAAAAACCAUAUAAAUGUAUGGAAUGUGGAAAGAGCUUCAGUUGUAGUGGAAAACUUCCUAUACACCAACGAAUUCAUACAGGGGAAAAACCAUUUAAAUGUAUGGAGUGUGGAAAGAGUUUCAGUGACAGUGGAGCAUGUACAAAACAUCAACGAACUCACACAGGGGAGAAACCAUAUAAAUGUUUGGAGUGUGGAAAGAACUUCAGUGAAACUGGAGCACUUACAAGACAUCAACGAAUUCACACAGGCGAGAAACCAUUUAAAUGUAUGGAGUGUGGAAAGUGUUUCAUUUGUAGUGGAAGCCUUAGUGUACACCAACGAUCACACACGGGGGAGAAACCAUAUAAAUGUUUGGAUUGUGGGAAGAGCUUCAGUGAAAGCGGAAAACUUACAAGACAUCAACAAAUUCACACAGGAGAGAAACCAUUUAAAUGUAUGAGUUGUGGAAAGUGUUUCAGUGAUACUGGAGCACUUACAAAACAUCAACAGAUGCACACGGGGGAGAAACUAUUUAAAUGUAUGGCAUGUGGAAAGAGCUUCAGUGAAAGUUCCCAGCUGACUAUCCAUCUACGAACUCACACAGGGGAGAAACCAUACAAAUGUAUAGAGUGUGAAAAGAGCUUCAGUCAGUGUUCCCACCUUACUAUACAUCAACGAAUUCAUACAGGGGAAAAACCAUUUCAAUGUAUGGAGUGUGGCAAGAGCUUCAGUGCAAGUGGAAAACUUACAAGACAUCAACGAAUUCACACAGCAGAGAAACCAUUUAGAUGCAUGGUAUGUGGAAAGAGCUUUAGUCAAAGUGGAAGCCUUACUGUACAUCAACGAACUCAUACAGGGGAAAAACCAUUUAAAUGUAUGGAGUGUGGAAAGAGCUUCAGUGAAGGUUCAAAACUGACCGUGCAUCUAAGAAUUCACACGGGUGAGAAACCAUAUAAGUGCUUAGAGUGUGGAAAGUGCUUCAAUGUGACUGAACACCUUUAUAUACAUCUACGAACUCACACAGGCGAGAAACCAUUUAAAUGUAUGGAGUGUGGAAAGAGCUUCAGGGAUAGGGGAAAGCUUACUGUACAUCAACGAAUUCACACAGGGGAGAAACCAUUCAGGUGUAUGGUGUGUGGCAAGAGCUUCAAUCGGAAUGGAAUUCUUACUGUACAUCAACGAACUCAUGCAGGAGAGAAACCAUAUAAAUGUAUUGAGUGUGGAAAAAGCUUCACUGAAGGUCCACAACUUACCAUACAUCUUCGAACUCACACAGGGGAGAAACCAUUUAAAUGUAUGGAGUGUGGAAAGAGCUUCAGUCGGAAAGGAAUUCUUACUGUACAUCAACGAACUCAUACAGGGGAGAAACCGUAUAAAUGUAUGGAGUGUGGAAAGAGCUUCAGUUGUCGUGGAAAACUUACAAGACAUCAACGAAUUCAUACAGGGGAGAAACCCUUUAAAUGUAUGGAGUGCGGAAAAAGCUUCAGUGAAAAGGGAAAACUUACCAUACACCAACGGAUUCACACAGGGGAGAAACCAUUUAAAUGUAUGCAGUGUGGAAAGAACUUCAGACAGUCUUCACACCUUACCGUACAUCAGCGAACUCACACAGGGGAGAAACCCUUUAAAUGUACGGAGUGCGGGAAGUGCUUCAGUGAGAGUGGAAGUUUUACUCUACAUCAACGAACUCAUACAGGGGAAAAGCCAUAUAAAUGUAUUGAGUGUGGGAAGUGUUUCAGUGAAAGUAGAAAACUUACUGUACAUCAACAAAUUCACACAGGGGAGAAACCCUUUAAAUGUACGGAAUGUGGAAAAAGCUUUAGUCAGAGUGGAAGCCUUACUGUACAUCAACAAAUUCACAGAGAGGAAAAACCAUUCAGAUGUUUGGAGUGCGGAAAGAGCUUUAGUCAGAGUGGAAGCCUUACUAUACAUCAACGGAGUCACACAGGGGAGAAACCAUUCAGAUGUAUGGAGUGUGGGAAAUGCUUCAGUCAGUGUUCACACCUUACUAGACAUCAGCGGACUCACACAGGGGAGAAACCAUUUAAAUGUAUGGAGUGUGGGAAGGGUUUCAGUCACAAUGGAAUACUUACUGUUCAUCUACGAACUCACACAGGGGAGAAACCAUUUAAAUGUAUGGAGUGUGGGCAGAGCUUCAUUCACAAUGGAAUCCUUACUGUACAUCAACGAACUCACACAGGGGAGAAACCAUUUAAAUGUAUGGAGUGUGGAAAGACCUUCAGUCAGUGUUCACACCUUACUAUACAUCAACGAACUCACACUGGGGAGAAACCAUUUAAAUGUAUGGAGUGUGGGAAGGGCUUCAGUCACAAUGGAAUACUUACUGUACAUCAACGAACGCAUACAGGGGAGAAACCAUUUAAAUGUAUGGAUUGUGGGAAGGGUUUCAGUGAGAGUGGAGCUCUUACAAGACAUCAACAAACUCACACAGGGGAGAAACCAUUUAAAUGUAUGGAGUGCGGAAAGAGCUUCAGACAUACCUCACACCUUACUCUACAUCUACGAACUCACACAGGGGAGAAACCAUUUAGAUGUACAGAGUGUGGAAAGAGCUUCAGUCGGUGUUCACAUCUUAAUAUACAUCUACGAACGCACACAGGGGAGAAACCAUUUAAAUGUGUACAUUGUGGAAAGGGUUUCAUUGAGAGUGGAGCUCUUACUAAACAUCAACGAUCUCACACAGGGGAGAAACCAUUUAAAUGUCUGGAGUGUGGGAAGUGCUUCAGUAAGAGUGUAACUCUUAGAAAACAUCAGCAAACUCACAGAGAAGCAACUGUUUAAAUGAAAGUGUUUAAUGUGUUUCACUUAUAGUGGAGUUCUUAAUCACAGGGGAGAACCCAUUUAGAUGUAUGGAGUGCUCCAAGUUUUCCCCACAAAGUUCACUUUGUGCUUCAUAUCAACAAACUCAGAUAGGGAAAAAUCAAUGGUAAGUGCAUGGAGUAUAUUUGAUGUUCUGGUGUUUGUAUGGAAAGUUGUACAUAUAUGUAUUAAAGCAAUGAAGGUAAUUUCUCAUAAUUGUAAGUAUAAUGAUAAAGCUAGUGUACUUUUAGGGAUGUGCAGAAUGCGACUCUGGAGUGCUCAUUGAGAGUGAGCAUGUGCUGAGAGUCUGUUGAUAUUUGGUCUUUGGCAGAUAGAGUUGGGAGUGGAGAGUUGUGAAAAGUGCAGUACGACAGUAGUGUUUAGGAAGCAGGAUUGGCUCUGGAAUCCUAGAACUGAAGAGUUGAAAGGGACUCUUAAGGUCUUCUAGUCCAGUUUCCUGUUAUACGAACAGCAGCAUAAAGCCCAUUUUUAUAAUUGCAAUAAAGGAACAAUUAAAACACAAAA